AGAAAGAAAGCACAAUGGUAUUUAAAACGUGAAUUGGCUACUUUAUUAAAAGAUGAGCCAAAAGCAAUUAAAUUAAACUUUGAAGCAAAAGGUGAUGGACACAAAGAAGGCGAUUACAUGAUUGAAGAUCGAUCCAAUAUAUGUGUUGCAUGUGGUGACACUGAGCAAUUAACAAUGCAUCAUGUUGUUCCAGAAAUGUAUAGACAAUGGAUGCCACUGGUGAUAAAAUCAAAAUCUAGUAGAGAUUUGCUUUUAUUAUGCAAACAUUGUCACGACGAAUAUGAACAAAAGGCAAUAAAACUGAAAAAGGAAUGUGUAAAAAGAUUUAAUAUUCCUUUGGAAGGGAAAGGAUGGAUUUAUUUACCAGAGCAUAAAAAGGUGAAAAAAGCAGCCUCGGCAUUAAUUAGAUCAUCAGAUAAGAUACCAAAAGAAAGACAAGAGGUUCUGAAGAAUAUUAUAACCGAAUUUUGGAACGCUCAACAUAAUAAUAAUAAAGAGGAAGAAUGGAAUACGAUAUUAAAAAAAUGCAGCACGCUAAUAGAUCAUUAUAAGGGACCUGAUUAUAUUGAGCAUGGCCAAAGUGCUGUACAACAACUUACCGUUAACCUCGUCAUUAAUGAAAAAGGAAAAGAAACAUGGCCAGAUUUAGAAGCAUUUAUAAGAGAAUGGAGACAGCAUUUUUUAGACCAUUUAAAACCUAGAUAUCUUAGUUCUUCAUGGACUGUGAAUGGUGAUAUUUAUACGCACUAA